GAACGGGAAAGCCAGCUGUUAAAUAACGAAAUGGCGACUUUGUAGAAGAGUUAUUGAUUUCUCGUUAUUUGGCCGCUUUUUAACCCAUCCAAGAUUGAUGCACUAGUUGGGUAAACACCGCGAUCAUGUCUUCAGUUACGUCCGGCAAGCAGGAGUUCAUCGUAGGGGCCAAGUACCGGCUGGUGCGCAAGAUUGGCAGCGGUUCUUUCGGGGACAUUUACCUAGGCAUCAACAUCACCAAUGGCGAGGAGGUCGCCGUCAAGUUGGAAUCGGUGAGAGCGCGGCAUCCGCAGCUUCUCUACGAAAGCAAAUUGUACAAAAUUCUGCACGGUGGCAUCGGGAUCCCUCACAUCCGAUGGUUCGGCCAAGAGCGCGAGUUCAACGUCCUGGUGAUGGACCUGCUGGGCCCGUCCUUAGAAGACCUGUUCAACUUCUGCUCGAGACGAUUCACAACAAAAACAGUCCUGAUGUUGGCCGACCAAAUGAUUGGCCGUAUUGAGUACGUCCACACCAAGAGCUUCAUCCACCGGGACAUCAAACCGGACAACUUCCUCAUGGGCAUAGGGCGCCACUGCAAUAAGCUCUUUCUCAUUGAUUUUGGGCUGGCCAAGAAGUUCCGCGACUCACGUACCCGCCAACACAUUAUCUACAGAGAGGACAAGAAUCUGACUGGCACUGCCCGAUACGCUUCCAUCAACGCCCAUCUGGGCAUUGAACAAAGUCGCCGAGACGACAUGGAAUCCUUAGGUUAUGUCCUCAUGUACUUCAACCGCGGCUCGCUGCCCUGGCAAGGACUCAAGGCCGCCACCAAGAAGCAGAAGUACGAGAAGAUCAGUGAGAAGAAAAUGUCCACGCCUGUAGAAGUUCUCUGCAAGGGCUUCCCAGCUGAGUUUGCGAUGUACCUCAACUACAGCCGCGGCCUGCGCUUUGAAGAAGCCCCUGACUACAUGUAUCUGAGGCAGCUGUUCCGGAUCUUGUUCCGCACGCUCAGCUUCCAGUAUGACUACACCUUUGACUGGACGAUGCUUAAGCAAAAAGCAGUGAUGACAUCGUCGGGCAACGGCAUCAGUGGGCCAAGCGCAGGGGCCUCUGGCGUCCCCCCAACAGGUGAGCCCUCCAAACAAGCACCUGCCAAAGAGCGAUAAAACCUUUCGAGUUCCGUUUGAAGAAAAAAAGAUCACACACCUACACACGCCCAGAUCAAUUGCCAGGAGAAAGAUGAUGAUUUGAGGCGAAACAAAAUUUGAUUAUUAGUUAAUAAACAUAAGAAAGAAUAAGAAAGAAAGGAAUUCACUCUCACUUCGACCAACACACUCUUUCUGUCUCUGUCUUGCUCUGAAAAUUCUCCCCCUGCCUUUCUCUAUCUCUUCUCUGCACCUUGGGGCUGGUUUGUUUCCGACUAGGCAGAAGUCAAAUCGUCUAGCGCGACUUAAUCCACAUCGUUAUUAAUUUUCCAACGCCCACCUCUAUUUCUCUAUCUUGCUGUAACAGGGCUCGGCUCGCACGGUUUUGCAAUCGUCUCUCGGAGGACUCCCUUUGGCUUUUCUUUAGAGACUUUUUGUUAAUCAAUAAUUGAGGGAACAGAUCAUGGUUCGAUUGAGGAGGCUUUUUUCCUAACAAACAAUGAUGAAAACCGUGUUCCAUUCUAACCAUGGAAAAUCCAUUUUCAACAUGACCAUAAUAUAAUUAAGCUCUGGUAAAUUUGUAAAAUAUCACUCAAUCAAUAAAUUACAAUUAAAAUAAACUUUCUGCUAAUUGUCUCGCAUCAGCUAUAGUUAUUUUUUCAUCCUGACUAGAUAAAUGGAUAAUUAACUAAUUUGGUGCGUUCACUCUCUCCUUCAUCACCCAAAUCACGCAUUAUUAUUUUUUAUCUAUGACGUUUCCAACCGCAAAUCACCUCAGAUCGAUUCUCUGUGUAACCUCAAUCAAACCAGGCCACCCGAGCAGACGUUGCAAAUCAGUACCGGCGUGCGGCAAGCCCUGCAAUGUAUCUAGUGUAGAGUAGCCCCGAUUGACGAAAAUAAUCAUGCAGUGACGGAGCAUCACUGAAAUCCACUGAUUUAUGUUGUCAUUGCUGUUGUUGUUGCUGGAACCGAACACGACUAAGUUGUCUGUUUAUAUUGGCUUUUAGGUGGCCGGUAAAUGGAAAAUGAGAACGUCUGUCUGUAAGCAUGGAGAGGAGCCACAAGUAAAGUUAUGUUGCUUUUUCAUUAUGAUUUACCUGCAUUUUUGGUUCGAAUAAUUGUAACAGAAAGUACCAGUGGACCACAUGAUAGUUGUUCAGUUCUCGUUGAAUGUUUGCAAAAAACACAUCUCUCUGUGCGAUUUACUAAGACGGAUCGACGUGCAAUUCAAGUUUCCUUCUUCAUUACUAAUUAUUAAGCAUAUAUGUUCGUGGAGCAAAAUACCGAAAGCAAAACAAAUGAGAGGGCAGAAGAAAGCAUUUCACACUUCCCACUCACAAAUACACAGACGUACGCAAGCAACAUGAAAAAAGUGAAAAGUGGACUUAAAGAGAGAAUUCAUGAAUCUUGAAUCAUUCUUCAUUGUUAAUUAUGUGCGUUGAAAUGGCACAUCUCAAUUUUUGGAGCGGUUGUAAGCUUCUGAAAAUGACCCUUGAACAAUAUACAAAAAGAUUUGUGCGGCUUUUAAAUGAGAAAAAUCGAGAUGAGGUUUUCUUCAAGUUGAUCAUGAUUUCAUUAUGAAUGUUCAGAGACAAAUACUAAAGGAAGAUGGAGAAAUAUCUUAAAAGAACUUUAUAAUAAUGAAUGAAAAAUAAUUAUUAUUAUUACAAUAUAAGUUAAGGGAGUAUUCUAACGAUAUGUCCCAUUAGACUAAUGUAACAUGAAAUUUAAUUUAGAUUACAUGGUAAUUCAUAAUUAUUAAUAAUGAUUAUUGCCGUUUUAUAUGUUUGAAAAUGAAAAUAAAUUGAAUCCAAUGAAUUACUUGAAA